AUGCAGCAGACGAACUCGCCUCAUUUCAUCUCGGGGCUUCAUGGCUGCAGGAUGGACCCUCAUCAGCACCGCCAGCACCUUUUCUUCCUGCUGUCACCGGGGAUCAUGAAGUCGGGCAGGAACAGAGGCUUUUCUGUGGCGCACAGUUCCACCUGCCGAACCGUCUGCUGCAGUUAUUACAGUCUGGCUAUGAGGGCCUCCAGUGUCCCCUGUUAGAAACAGCAGAGAAGACCUCGGAUUUGCUUUUUCACACCAAAUGUCUCUCACUCCGAGUCGGAAGUCAUCUUCCAAUCAACGCAGCUCGUCCUAUGGUGUAAAAUCUCAUCUCUCCGUAAGGCGCUCAGUUGGAACAAGUGGGGGCAGCAGGGGAUGUUCCCACAGUGAUACGUCCAGCACUUACACCUAUCCCGGACGGAUAAGGGCUUCCGAUGGCAGCCCCACAGCCCGGACCAAUCCCAGUACACCCAGGCGCCAAAUUAAUCACACAGCCUGCAUCAACAAUCAUGGGAUCAAACCCCCAACCCCGGAGCAGUACCUCACACCCCUUCAACAGAAGGAGGUGUGUAUACGACAUCUGCGGGCCAGGCUGAGGGAAAACGUGGAGAGACUACAGCACAGGGACUAUGAAAUAGAGGAGCUGAGGACCCAACUAUACAAGAUGCAGGAAGACUGGAUAAAGGAGGAGUGCAACCGUCUAGAGGCCCAGUUAGCUCUGAAGGAGGCUCGUAAGGAGAUCAAGCACCUGCAUGAAGUGGUAGAGUCAGUGAAGUCCAACACUGGGGUCCAUGAACAAGACCCUCAUGAUUAUAAGCCAUACUCAGGGUUGCAGGGAAGUUGGCCUGGGGGAAAGUCCCGUUCCUGUGGUUGUUCCCCUGCCAGCACUUUGAGCCGCGGUACCACCUUUACCCGACAGAGCAGCGAAGCUCUGCAGCUGGACCGUAGCUCCAAUGCUCCAGAGCCAAGUGGAGCAGCUCGCUCUACUGGACAAACCCACCUGCUACUGGAGGCAGGGCUCUUGUCAGAGCAGCUGCCACAGCAGGCCCACCACCUCCCGGCCCCCCCAGCUGUCUCACGCUCAUCCACCUUCGAACGGUUGUACAGCGGGGGGGCUGUACUGCCCAUAUCUCACUCCUGCCACACUCUCAGCAGCAGCUGCAGGUGUAGUGGACAGGCCUACCUCCCCCAUCAUCACCUGUUCCUUCACUUACCUCAAGAUGAGCCUCCAGUCUCAGUAGCACCAGCCGCUGUCCCUGCAGUUCACACCAACCCCAUCCAUGUCCCUCCAGCUCACAGCAACCCCAUCCAUGUCCCUCCAGCUCACAGCAACCCCAUCCAUGUCCCUGCAGCAGAGAAUAAACCUGAGGUCCGGUCUCAGGGCUGCAGUCCUACCAUGACCUGGCUGAGUGAGGAGAGCAGUGCCGAACAGCUGAGCAUCAUUUCUUUAGCGAAAACAGAGAUCACUCCUUUAGAUCCAAGAUCCUUACCAACAUCUUUACCUCCUCUGUCUUCUUCAGAUCUCUCUCUCAGCGCUGGUGACAAACCUGAGAAUAUCACAAACGUACCAGCAGACACCCACAUCUGUCAGCCUAGGCCUGUAUAUCCCCUUCCUGUUAGACAGGAAGCUACUGUUGUGAAGAUAGACGAGGACAACACAGAGGGAAGUGAGGGAGCAAAUGAGGACAGGGGUCCCGCUGAGCUCUCUCACUGGAGCCGCUACUUUCUCGUAGAUCUUCUGGCUUUGGCCAUGCCGGUGGUCCCAACCAUGGCGUGGCUGUGUAGAGGAGCACCACAGGAAGUCAUGCCAGUGUAUCAUAUCGGCUCCCUGCUCAGAGGCUGCUGUGCGGUGGCACUACGCUCACUUAGACGCCAGGGUGCAGACCGGGGACGCAGACUAACCAGCAUGACUGGUGCAACUUCAGUCUGAUGCUUCAAGUCUACUUUUAGAUUAAUACCACCGGUCUAAUCCUGUAAAACUCUGACUGUUCCCAGCCACGUGUUGGAUUCCUCUUCAUUUCGGACCUUCAGUAAUUAAUGUGCCCGUAAUUCUGUCAGUCUAUGACUUAGAAAAAGUAGCUGGAAUCAUUACAUUUUUCAAAUAUUCCUUCCGCUUUUGCUUCAGUCUAUAGAGGUAAAUGAAUAAAUUAGAGUAUCAUCAAAAAGUUAAUUCAGUAAUUCAGUUCAAAAAGGGAAACUCGUUACACUGAAAGUUAUAUAUUUAAGUGUUUUUCUGAUAAUUCUGAUAAUUAUGGCUUACAGCAAAUGAAAACCCAAAAUUCAGUUUCUCCAUAUUACAAACCGGAUCCCAAAAAAGUUGGGACACUAAACAAAUUGUGAAU